AUGUCGAACAAGAUCUCUGCGGCGGCGCUGCUGCAGCUGGCAGACCAGUUUGACCGGCAGAAGAAGUUCCGUCGUCGUCGCAUCGACAAACGCCUUGGCAGGAUUCCAAAGGGCCAGGAGUCGCCUUUUGGCGACUUCCCGGAGGACUUUGUUAGACCCUCCUUUCCUGCGCCGCUCUCGGCGCGAGCAUCCUUGGCGGCCACAGCACCGCUGCCGGGCAAGAUUCAGGAUACGAGUCCACGCCAGGGUGCCGCAGACGUCCGUGGGAGGUCAAUGCGAGUCUCUGGGGCAGCAGCGGUGGCGCCGAAGUCAGCGAGAGGUCCCAACAAGAUGGCAGUUACCCUCCAGGCCCUGCGUGAAGAGGUGGAGAAGCGAGCCGACACGCUCAGCCCGCGAAGUCCGGGGCACGCCGCGCGAGGCGAGCACGAGGUCAUUCCGGGGACACCUCGAAAGGCCGCGCCGCAGCCAGUGUCUCCACCGAAGGCCGGUGCCUUCAGGCGCCGUGCCAUCAAGCCCUCCGAGUUCCGCCGCUUCUACGACCGUGGAGACCUGCCGAUUCAGGUUCAGCACACUGGCACGCAAAACAAGAUUGCGUGGAAAGUGGACAUUGAGAAACUAGACUACCACCACUACCUGCCGAUUUUCUUCGACGGGCCUGCCUGGCUUUCCGGAGGGUUUGCUCGCUGUUGA